UCUAGUAGUCACUUUGUGGCGGCCACAGAGACACGACGCGAAUACCAAUCGCUCGUUGUUGAAUCUAUUUUUUCUUCUUCCUUUUCUUCUUCUUCUUGGAUAAAUUCGGUGCGUUUCAUCGGUUCUCCUUUAUUUCAGUUGUCGUUUGCGCUCUAAACGGUUCGCAUUCACGGUGUUUCUUAAAGAAAAUAAAAGCGCUUCAGAAAUCUAUCUGCCAUUUCUGACAGCGCCAUUUUUCAAAAAAUACUUUUCAGAACGCACUUCACUGCCUCAGGAAAAGUACUACCCAUCUAAGAGGUAUUCCAUCCUAGAAAAAAGAAAAAAUCCUCCCGUGAAUAUUAAGGGAUAAAAACUUCACCAUGAGGUACGCCAGUCUGUUGUUAGUAGUACUACUGGCGACGCCAUAUUGCCUGGCAGCCUCUCAGAUGAGCCUGUGUGGUUAUGGGGACGUCUGCGAAGCCAUUGUCUUCAACCAGCUCGCCCUGGCUUCUAUACGCGAAGAAAUGAAAGGCCUGGUGUCAGCUUUUAAUAACACGAAACUCAGUGGAGACCUUGUCCAGAGGAGUGAACUCACCGCCUGCGAGACGGAGAAGGAAGGUCUGCUCUCGCAGAUCCGGAGCCUGGAAGACAAACUCCAGGAGACGAUGCCCAGAGACCAGCGCCUGACCCAGAGAAGGAGGAGCUCAAGUUAACCGUCGAGAAGCU